AUGCUCGCCGUGGGUCAGAUGGACGGGUCCCGUCAGAGCUCCUUCCUCCUCGGCCCUCCUCCUCUGGCCGCUCUGCACACCAUGACCGAGCUGAAGGCGCCGCUGUACCCCUCGUACCCUCUGCCCUCCUCCUCCUCAUCCUCCUCAGCCUCCCCCACUUCGGCCUCCCCAAACCCGGGCGGUCUUCCUGCCUCCUCUCCGGGCUCUAAGACCCCCACAGGACCCCAGUCAGCCCCUCAGUGCGGAGCCGGCACCCCGCACGGGAUAAACGACAUCCUUAGCCGGCCCUGUGUGGUUUCCUCUUCCCCAUCCUCCUCCUCCUCCGGGCCUGCAGCCUCCUCUCCGGCCGGCCUGCUCACCGGACUGCCGCGCUUCAGCAGCCUGAGUCCCCCUCCGCCUCCCGGCCUCUAUUUCAGUCCCGGAGCGGCAGCGGCAGCAGCAGCAGUGGCCGUGGGCCGCUACCCCAAACCCCUGACCGAGCUGCCCCCAAGGACCCCCAUCUUCUGGCCCGGGGUGGUCCAGAGCCCCCACUGGAGGGACGCCAGGUUCACGUGCUCACCCCAUCAGAACUCAGUGCUGCUGGAUAAAGACGGGAAGAGGAAACACACCCGGCCCACGUUUUCAGGACAGCAGAUUUUCGCUCUGGAAAAGACUUUUGAACAGACCAAGUAUUUAGCGGGACCGGAGCGCGCGCGCCUGGCCUACUCUUUAGGGAUGACCGAGAGCCAAGUGAAGGUCUGGUUCCAGAACCGCAGGACUAAGUGGAGGAAGCGGCACGCGGCAGAAAUGGCUUCAGCUAAGAAGAAGCAGGACUCCGAGACAGAGAGGCUGAAAGGAGCCUCGGAGAACGAGGAGGAUGAUGACGAUUACAACAAACCGUUAGAUCCGAACUCAGACGACGAGAAGAUCACACAGCUGCUGAAGAAGCACAAAGCGAACCCGGCUCUGCUCGUGCACACGGUGGACAGCGAGGGCUCGUAGAGGAGGACACUGCCUCUCAUACACAGUUACUGAACUAUCAUUCACACACAAUCUUGAUCAGCUCUGAAAAUGUGUGUUUUGUGAGAAAGGACGCAAAACUGAAGCCUCGCGCGCUCUUCUGGAGGAGCUCAGCAAUAGAGACGUUUCACGCAAAUUGGACGUGUACAAUAACAGCGUGAGUGGUGUCCAACAGAAAUUAUAUUACUGUGAAUAUUUAUGUGUAAAAAUAUCUCCUUUUUGUAAAGUAAACAACAUAAACUCUUUCUGUUUGUGUUCCCGGUUCAUUCUGGUAUUCCUCUGCGGGCUGUUUCAGUGAGAGUCUGUUUCAAUAAGCAGCUCAGCUUUAAUUCCAGACUACAGCUUCAGCCCUUUAAGGAGAAAAGAGCAGCUCAUUGAGAACAUGGGCUAAUGUAUGAUUUCCCUUUAUUUUUGUUUUGCUACAUUUUGACGGUCCAGUUAUCCAAAACUGAAUUCAUCCACUGCUGUGGCCUGAAAGUUUGAAGUGUAAAGAAUAAACGCCAUUUAGCAAUGAAACUAUAUUUGUAAUAUAAGGAAUAGUGUUCGUCUCAUAAUGAUAGAAUGAUGUUCCCUUUACUUUUCACACUUAAUUUAUGAAAUUUUUCAGUUUGUAACAGUGUUUGAAUCCGGAAAAUGCGCUUUGCAUAUUCGUGUGUAUUGCACUUUUAUUUAAUAAAAAAUGAAUAUUAUUAUGAA